UGAGCCAUGCUGUCCGCCGCUAUUCAGAUCCUGGCGUUCGCCCUGGCACUCCUGGGCGUCCUCGGUGCUGUCGUGGCCACCCUGAUGCCCAACUGGAAGGUGAGCAUCAACGUGUGGACCAGCAUCAUGACCCCGAUAUCGCAGAUGCAGGGUCUGUGGAUGGAUUGCGUGUGGUACAGCUCCGGCGUCUUCAGCUGUACCGUAAAGAACUCGGUGCUGUCGCUGCCGCCGCACCUGCAGGCCGCGCGGACCGGCAUGGUCCUGUCCUGCGUAGUGGCGCUGUUCGGACUCUGUCUCGCCACUUUGGGGCUUAAAUGUACUCGCUGGGGGGGCAGCCACAGAGCAAAGGGGCACACAGCCAUCGCUGCGGGGGGCUGCUUCAUCCUGGCCAGCCUCCUCUGCCUCGUACCCGCGUCCUGGUUCACCAACGAAGUCAUCACUGCCUUCCUGACCACAGACGUACCGGACAGCAGUAAAUAUCAGCCCGGCGGAGCUCUGUGCGUCACGUUCAUCUCUGCUGGAUUCCUCCUGGCCGGGGGGGUCAUUUUUUGUUUGUCGUGUCCCGGGAAGAGAACGAGACGACCGGAUUGCGCUUCCCCCGCCGACCCCGACAGAUUCACGCUGCACCCAGAUGAGCGGAGGAGGCGGGGGCUGCAAGUAGAACGCAAUCAGCCGAAAAACAGAAAGAAGACGGUCCAGCUGCAGGUAGACAGCGUGAAGCUGGAGAAACCCACGCCGCGCAAGAGACAGGAGCAUCACUCGUCUCCAUCCAAACUCCCUCAAACAGACAUCAAGGACAGCUACAGCCUGCAGGAGUACGUCUGA